CCCACCGGGCGGCGCGGAGGCCCAGGAGCCCAAGGGUGCGGACCCCGCCUUCCGCCUCCGGAAGAGUCCGCGUAGUAAACAACCGUGGACUUGCCCCCCCGACCCCGGAUUCGAACUCCGAAGCCUCCCCUUCCUCCCUGCGCCCUGGGGCGGGGACACCCUCCCCGGGAGAGCGAGGCCCGCGGGGUGAUUCCGUUAGGGCCAGGAUGGGGUCCCAGCUCUCCGUGGACGGGUCCGUGCACGUGGUGAUCGUCGGAGGCGGCUUCGGAGGCAUCGCGGCCGCCAGCCAGCUCCAGGCCUGGGGCGUCCCCUUCACGCUGCUGGACAUGAGAGACGCUUUCCAUCACAACGUGGGGGCCCUGCGGGCCUCGGUGGAGAAGGGGUUCGCCAAGAAGACCUUCAUCUCAUUUGGAAAAACCUUCCAGCAGAACUUCCGGCAAGACCUGGUGGUGGGGCUGGACCUGGAGAAUCAGAAGGUCCUGCUCCGGGAGGGUGAGGCUCUCUCCUACUCUCACCUCAUCCUGGCCACGGGCAGCUCUGGGCCGUUCCCCGGGAAGUUUAACCAGAUUUCCAGCCUGCAGGCAGCCAUCGAGGCUUACGAAGGGAUGGUGAGGCAGGUCCAGAGCUCCCAGCAUGUGGUGGUGGUGGGAGGAGGCUCGGCCGGUGUCGAGAUGGCCGCAGAACUGAAGACUGAUUACCCUGAGAAGGAGGUCACUCUUAUUCAUUCCAAAGUCCCGCUGGCUGACCCGGAGCUCCUUCCUUGUGUUCGGCAGGAAGUGAAAGAGAUUCUCCUCCAGAAAGGGGUGGAACUUCUGCUCAGUGAGCGUGUGACCAACCUGGAGGAGCUGCCUCUCAACGAGUACCGAGACAGUAUCCAUGUGCAGACGGACAAGGGGACGCAGCUGGAGGCAAACCUGGUGAUUCUUUGCAAUGGGAUUAAGAUCAACUCUUCUGCGUACAGCGGCGCCUUGGGCGAUAAAAUGGCGAGUAAUGGUGCCUUACUGGUUAACGAUCACCUCCAGGUACAGGGAUUUAGUAAUAUCUAUGCCAUUGGAGACUGUGCUGAUGUGAAGGAACCCAAGAUGGCGUACCAUGCUGGCCUCCAUGCCAACGUCGUUGUGACCAACAUUGUCAACAGUAUAAAACAGAAGCCUCUCAAGACUUACAAGCCAGGUGCACUGACAUUUCUGCUGUCUAUGGGAAGAAAUGAUGGCGUGGGCCAGAUCAAUGGCUUCUACGUCGGAAGGCUCCUGGUUAGGUUUGCCAAGAGCCGUGACCUGUUCAUCUCUUCAAGCUGGAAAACGAUGAGGCAGAUGGCACCUUCAUAGAGAGUAAGGAAGAAGAAAAGGUAACAAAGGCAAUUGAUGGAUUUGUUUUUAAAGGAAGAUAAGCAGGAUGAGCAGAAAGUGUCAGAUGGACUGAGAUAUAAGGAAGAAAUUCUUCUCUCUGCUCGCAAUGCCUGGAAUGUAGCAACAGGCUCACUUGUUAGCACAAAAGAGGAAACGUUAGAAAAAGAUUUCCUAAGAGGUCAUUUUUGGGUUGGACAAUGUCAUUCAUUCACUUACUUGGUCUCAGGUUUCAGUUGAACGAAAAAUAAUUCCAAGGGGAAUCAUGUAGCUGCCCGUGCCCAGCCAGGCUCAUGGGAAAAGGGUGUGCUGAGGCAUCGGAAUAGUCAUGCUCUGGCUCUUCUGUCACUUGUGUGGGAAAAGAGGCAAUGAGAUGUCAGGGCACCUGCGCGGAUGCCAUUUUCAUCCGGGCUACAGACCUUGUAGGUUGUCCAGGCUGACCCUUUAUCUUGUAGAAGAGCAAAAUGCCUCUUGGAAAGGGGGAGAGUACUUGCUGGUCUGGAAGAGGCCCAAGUGGAGUUCCAAGGCAGGACUGAUGACUGAAUUCACUGGCUUUUUGUCACUUGGCCUUCUAUUAGUGGGAAAUGAAAGAGUAGGAGUAGAUAGUUUGGCUUGGUGGAGCAGAUAGGUGGGUUUGGCGCAUCUCCCCUCCCUUGGCGGAACCGUGCUGGUCUGGGCAUUCGUGAGUAGACAUGAGGCUUAUCUGUCAGGCAGACUUUGGGUAAAUGGAAGUGGUGUUCGUUGUUUAGCAGCCAGACUUAAGUUGUUCGUAGUUUUCCAUUAGUGCUUGACAAGUCAUAAACUUAUUGAAAUGAUGAAACUUUUCAGGUCCCUAAUUUUAUCUCCUUUCUCUAUAAUAAUAGAUAACUUUUCAGAGGGCAAAAUUUCUUAGGGCCAAAUUAUCUGCUAGGGUAAUCCCUUAUAACAAAGGGUGCUUUCUCCCCAGCCUCUUAAUGUUCAGAUAAUUAGGGAAAUGUAACAGUAAAAGUACACUCUUUGUUGUUACAUCACUGUAGAAGUUAAAGUACUCAAGACUUUCACUGAUCUGUAAUUUUAUUAAAGUGAGUAUUUUUCCUCCACAUUGAUCCCAACCUUUCCUUAUUCCUGCCUUAAGUUUGGCGAGUUACUUUGGUCAUAAAAUGCUCCCCCUGGUGGUCAACUUUUUGGUUGAAAUGCUCUCGAUUCUCAGCCCAAGUGGUUUCUGGGAUCUGUGGUUCAUCAGCAGACUUCAAACUCAAAAGUAUUUCCUAUUUUGUAGAACUUUCCAGAGUUUGAAUUCUGUUGGGAUAAUUUCCUGAGACUCCGUGAUCAAAUCUACAUCUUAAGGAGGCGCAGGAGGAUUUUAAUGGAGGGAUACUCGAGAUUAGAAAAGCACGAAUCUGCUGAUCAGCUCAAUAAAGUAGUUCUUGACAUUUAAGUACUUACUUCCUCUGGUUGGAGGGUCUUUGACCAUACUGGUGUGGCCAAGGGUCGGACUGGAUGAAAUGAGCCAGAAGGAAAGAUUUUAUUCAAACCCUGUGCUCACUUCCCCUUGGCAGUCAGCUUUGGUUUCCUGGCUGCGCAGGGGACCCCUUAAGCUCAAACCCUGUGCUCACUUCCCCCUGGCAGUCAGCUUUGGUUUCCUGGCUGCCACGGGGACCCCGUAAACCAAGAUUCUCAGCUAAUGUGAGAAGUGGAAAAAACACUGGAUUUGGAGUUGACUUGGAUCAAACCCAGACUCCUCUCCCCACAAAUCUCAUAGUCCUCGUGGGCUUCAAAAAUUUUCCUUCAGCAGAUCUACCCAAUGACUAUCUUGAAGUCAUUAUUAUUGACCUGUGUUUUCAAGUGUAGUUUCUCAUCUUUCAUUUGUCUUUCUGAUUUCUGUCAAAGCCAGGUAAAACCAGAACAUGAGGCUGAUAUUAAAUCAUAAUUGGCUCAAAUUCAAUGGAAGCUUCGUGGUUCAGGCUUCUUUUGCUGAAGGUGGGGAGCACUGGCCUACUUAAAUUAAGGCCCCCAAUAACUUCCUCUAGUCUGUAACUGCUCAGUAAUUGGCCUGACCACUGCACCUCCCUGUGGAGAUUUGGAAGCAUUCCUAAGAGGAUCUGCUCUUUUCCCCGUAUUUCCAGACUUAUGUGACCCUUUCUCUACCAGAACAGCUGAGGAGGAAGCCCACUAGACCAAUAGCAGAUUCUAUCCCUGAAUCUUAGAGAUGGAAGGACCAACCUUUUCAUUUUAUAGCUGGGGGGAGACUGAUACCCAGAAGUGAAGCAGUUUGUUCAAGCUGAUUAACUGCAGAGAACACCACCGUUCUACUGAUCCCAAAUCUAGCCUCUUGGGGGGAUCCUCCUCUCCCUUUUCAACCAUAGCCCACUCCAUAGAAGGCAUGAAAAGUAGGGUAUGUAGCCUUGCUGUACCAAUAGACACUUGUAUUCAAGCUGGCAUCUGCUGCUUGGGAGUGAAGUAGGAGUCUUCAGGGCCUAACUUUGGGUCUGGGCUGGCUUGAGAUGGCAAUCUGUGCUCUUUUCUCUUUCCAGACAUAAAUCAACACAAUAAAAUGGCUUUCCAAUUUUGGGAAAAAAUCUCUUGCAAUAAAAUUGAGUGUCAUAAGAA